ACAGGUAAGUCCGGUCAUGUAUUGUUUUCAGUUACAACUGAAAUUAGUGAAAAACUACUUCAGUAUUUAGGAAGUGGUGAUAGUUUGUGGUAUUUUUGAAAAGUUGAUUUUAAAAAUUUAAGAAUGUUGCUGCAUAUACUGCUGAGUGUAAUUGGAUGCACACUGGCCACACAACCACAUGGCCUCUCCGGCACUUUAGUUGAUUUUACGGACCCUAAGGUACAAGGUCACCUAGACGCGUUAGUACGAAUGGCACAAUCCUGCGUCAUCAAAGUCCGGGCGUCCCCCAAAGACGUGAGAGCCUACUUCACCAACUCCCCACCAAUAACCAGGUCGGGGCAGUGCUUCGCAGCGUGCAUGCUCGAGCAGAGUGACGUCAUUAACCAUGGAAAGGUAAACCGUGAACUCCUCAUACACCUGGCAAGCCUAGUGAACGGCAAGAACUCCCGGGUGGUCCGCAAACUACACAGCAUAUCCCGACUCUGCCUGGACAGCAUCGUAGGGAUGUCCGACAGAUGUCAACUAGCCUCCACUUACAAUGACUGCUUGAAUGAGAACAUGAUCGAGUUCGCUUUCCCUCUCGAUAUAGCCGAGGAAGCUGUGAGAAAGAUGCCCUUCCACCUUAUACAGCCUAACUUACCACAAGAAUUGAGACACGCAUACUAACUACGAUUUUUUUGUACUUUAAUACCUAAUUUAAUAAAAUAUU